GAAUUUCCCACUAUUUACGGUCUGUUGAAGAUCCUUCGAACAAUUGACUAUCUAGUAUCUCAUUCGGUUCCGGAGCAAUCUCUAAUAAAACGGCGAACGAAUCUGUCGCUGUUCCACAUCUCGGAUCUCAGAAACGCCCCAACGCGGUGGGCGUCGCCAUAUUUAUAUUUUUUCAGGUGUGAUUGAACUAAGGAUAAACAUUUAAGGAUAAUUUUGAUGUUAUGGGUAUACUUUCAUCAUGACCGUCGAUUUCAUUGACUACUUCUGGGGAGAAAAGAACAAUGGCUUUGAUGUAUUAUAUCAUAACAUGAAAUUUGGUGUUGUGGCCAGUAAAGAAUUAGCAGACUUCUUACGAGAAAGAUGCAACAUAGAAGAAAACAAUUCAAAGCUUCUCACCAAACUUGCAAAGCAAGUUGGUGCAAGCUGUGUGCAAGGCACAUUUGCUCCAUUCUGGCUUGUUGUCCGGACAUCAAUUGAAAAACUGUCCAAUCUGCACAUGCAGAUGGUUCAGAAAGUUCUGGAACUUGUGAAGGAAGUUAGCAAGUAUGGUGAAGAACUCCACAAGAAACACAGACAGGUGAAGGAGGAGGAAGCUGGCACUCUCGAAGUGGUUCAAGCUAUUCAGGCAACUACACUAACGCUUCAAAAAGCAAAAGAUACGUACAAUCAGCGCAUUUUAGAGUAUGACAAAAUGCGGAAAGAAACUUCUUCACCCAAGGAAUCUGAAAAGGCUGAAAUGAAGUUAAAGAAAGCACAGGAAGAUUAUAAAAAUUUGGUGGAAAAAUAUCGCACUAUAAAGGUGGAAUUUGAAAAGAGAAUGUCAUCAGCAUGCAAACACUUUCAGACUGUUGAAGAAUUGCACCUGAAACAAAUGAAAGAAUUUCUCAAUACCUAUGCAGAAAUUAUUCAAAAUAAUCAUGAACAAAUCGGACAGGUCCUUGUUGAAUUUAAGCGAGCAUGUUUGGAUUUAACAGUUGACAAACUUCUGGAGCAGUUUGUGUUGAGCAAAUAUACAGGAUUGGAGAAACCAGGGACAAUUGAAUUUGAAGAAUUGAAAUUGUCAGAACUACCGUCAAGUGGUAGCCAGACAACUGAAUCCUCUGAUAAAACAACAAAUGGUGAUAAGCCUUCCAAAAAAGAAGGUAAUCUAGAGUCUGGUGGGCAGAAACUAAAAGAAAGCAAAACAUCCCGCCGCACCACUUCCCUUCUCAACCUCUUCAUGUCUAACUCCCAGGGGAGCAAAGAAUGCAGUGGGAACCCUGAGGGAGGGAGUCUUCCCACCUCAGCCCCCACGAGUCCAACGAGCGGGGUUGGUGUUCCCCCUGCCUCGCUAGCACGGAACCCCUUGCGAGGAUCAAAGUGGUUUCUUAGAAGUAGGAGAGAAAAGCGUAAAGAAAAGAAAGCCAAAAAGAAGAAAGAUGGUUCAGACAGUACAAGCAACAAAGAAGAUAAGUCAGAUGUAGAGGAGAAAGGUGAAAGAAAAUCGGGAACCCCUACUCCAGAAGUAGACGAUGAAGGAUACUGUAUAAGACCAAAAGUUGAUCCAUGGGAAAACGACAAAGGAAGCUUUUAUUCAAGCUCUGACACAGAUUCCGAAGAAGAACGUGAACAUAAAAUACAUGUGGAAAUCAAACCCUUGGGAAAUGGUGCUGCUCCUAUGAGUGCAAGUGUGGACGAAUUACGUGCAACUGUUGAAAAUCUCUCUUUAUCACCGUCUCCAGUAGCUGUUUCUGCUCGAAGAGGUUCAACUGCUGAAAACGAUGCUCAUAUGAAAAGGUCACAUUCUGUAUCACAGCAGCUAGGUGGAGGAAAAGCGAGUAGUGAUUUACUGGGACUGAGCCUUUUCCCCAGUCCAACAGCUUCCAGUGCCAGCACCCCCACGGGCAGCCAUCCGUAUGCUCCGUUGCAAAGUCCGACUCAGUCUCAGCCUGCAGGGAGUCCUGCUCUUCCGUCUGCUUCAAGCACUAACUCACGUUAUGCAGAUCUGGGAGAUUUAUUUUCUGAAGUUGGCGAAAUACAGCCUACUCUACCUCCCAAGCAGUCAAGGCAGACACCAACUCCUACCCAAGGUACCAUUGCUAUUCCCAGACCUCCAUCUCGGCGAGGUGAGGGUCCUGCAUCUCGUGGGCGCAUGAGCCCAGCACCAAUGGCACGUACCGACAGCGUAGGCAGUCUGGAGUUUCGUGCUGCAGGUGUGCCUGUAGGCUCAUCUCGUGGACCUUCUCCUCUGACUAUAGGCAUUGCAGAUACAAUCCCACUGGCUGUUGCAUUUCAUGAAAUAGUGCAUUCCUACUUCAGAGGAACUGAUGAAACAAAGUGUCAAGUGAAACUCUCUGGAGACAUGAUGCUUUCUUUCCCUGCUGGCAUUGUUGCUGUUUUGGCUAACAAUCCCAGCCCUGCUCAGUUAUCCUUCCGUAUACGCAAUUCUCAGCGUCUAGAGAAUAUGUUGCCCAAUAAACAGCUAGUAUCUUUUGAUUCUUCGCAUUUAGGUAAUGAUAACAUAGUUUUUGAGUUUAACAUGAGUGCCUUAACUGGACUUCUGAGAAGACAAUCUGAACAGAACCCUUCAGCAUCAUACUUCAAUGUUGACAUUCUGAAAUACCAGAUCAAACCAAAAAUUGGUGCGGGAUCUUGUCCUUUCCAACUUGUCGCGUAUUGGAAAUGCGAAUGCACACAUACUGACUUGCGUGUGGACUACAAGUACAACAGCCAUGCUAUGGCAUCUCCAUCACCUUUGCUCAACUUAACUGUUGCAGUACCACUAGAUGGGACUGUCAAAAGUAUCCAGUCAAAGCCUACUGCACAGUGGUUGCAAGACAGCCAUCGUGCCUUGUGGAAGUUCACAGAGCUGUCACAGCAUAGCGAAAAUCAUGGUGUGGGAUCCCUCCGUGCUCGUAUGGAACUAAAUGAAGGACCCAGUACACCAACCACAUUAUCUACUCAAUUCAACUGUGAAGGAACUACACUUUCUGGACUGGAAUUUGAACUUGUUGGUACUGGAUAUCGUUUGUCACUGGUCAAACGGCGGUUUGUCUCUGGGAAAUACAUCUGUGAUGGUGAUCCAGAUCCAAGGUAUCGGUAUGCAGCUCCACCACCAAGCUCAGAAUGCUAGUUCAAAUUGUGUAGGCUACUCGAAGACGACUGAUGUCCUUUUUGAGUUCCACCUAUGCACAGAGCCCAUGUUAUUCUGCAUUCCAGGAACUAUAGAUGGGAGCUGUUUUGUUUUAGGUACUCUUAUUGAAAGGCCUUCCUUUUCAAUGAUUAUAUAUAUUAUUAAUCUUGUUAUUAUUUGAAAUAUUAAAUAUUAUAAUGUAUUUUUUCAUAGCAGAGACUUUGUUUCAUUAAUUGUAUAGGUGCAUUAAAUAAAUUGCAAUUACUUUCACAUGCACUUUUUAGUUAGUUUUAGUGCCUGUCAGUUUUCACAUUAAUCUAGUUAAUAUAAUUACAAAUGCAAUUGUGGAGCAACUACGUGACCAAGAGGCACUAAAACAAAUAAUACCUAGAUGUAGAACAUCAGUAGGUUGACAUAGAGGCAUCUGAUGCUUUAGUUGAGUUCAUAUUUAUCAAUCAUUUUCUGGCAUUUAUAUUCCUAAAUGUUCAGUUACAUUGAAAUUAUGAAACUGACUUCAAAACUCUUCUAAAUUUUUGUUAUUAAUUUUUUUUAUAUGCAUAAUUUUAAAAAGAAUGUUGAUUUACAUUGUUGUACAAGGUUUCUUUUGUAUUCAGUUUUUCACGUCUUUUUGAAAUUCUGAAAGUUUUGGUCCAAAUUUUUGGUUAUUAAAAUUAUUAUUUAUAUUGUCUAGAUAUGCUAAAUUUAAUCAUCAUAGAGGUUCUUGAUCAUACUGUAUUGUAACUUUUGUUUUCACAUUCUCAUGUGAAGUAGCAAUACAUGUUGCAAAAACUACUCUUGCUGCUUCGAAGUUAGCUGCAGGAGUUAUAACAACUCAAAAUGCAGAACUGAUUGUUGUGCAUGCAUUCAUUAAUGGGACUUUGAUAAACUGAAAACUUCUAUCAUUCUCUUCUGCAUGAAAAAUUGGUUGAAUUUAUUACUGAAAACUCUGCUAUGGAAUAUUCAGAAAAUGUUUAUUCACAUUUUAGUCAUACUUUAGCCGCCAACGUUAUGAUGCUCAUACUUGUUAUUCAUUUUAUCCCAAAAUAGUAUCAUUAAUUGCUUUUAUUAUUAUUAUGUUAUUGCUUUAUUUGGUGCGUAGUAAAUUCUAUUCAUUUGUAGCUCCUAUUGUAAAAGUUAUAGCAUGUCCCGUUACUGAAGUGUUUUUAACAUAGGUAGCUGAAUAUAUAGGGAAUGCUGAAAUAAGUUACUGAUAUAUUUCUUAGCAGUAUUCAUUUACACAGUGCCAAACUGUUGAAAAGGAAAGAACUUAGAAAUAUUAUUAAAUUUUUUCCAUUACUAGUAGAUGUUGAAGCCUGAACUCAGUUCAAUGUAUUACAUAAUAAUAGUAUUUAAUUAAGUUUAUGAACCUAUGAAUAUGUACGUUUGUAGGUAUUAAGUGUAAUUUUAUAAAAAUAUUUAUAGGUUUCAAAAAUUCUGUUGAGAAUUCAGAAUGUGUUUUAUGUAUAUCAUUUUAUGUUGAACUUAAUUGUACUGUAUAUAAUGUUUGUAGAGUGUACCACAUUGAAAUGAUAAUUAAGUUCUAAAGCAUCAUGAAUCUCUCCUGCGAGUUCUUUCUUCUAAUGUAAACUAUUUGUAGUACUAUACAUAACUGGGCUCCAGACCUCACUCCCUACUCAGAGUCAAAAGACUUGAGUUCAUGAAUUUCUCAGGAUGUGUGCUUGCUAAGGGCAGUAUGCAUCACUUUUUACGUUGUAUACUGGUUACAAACUGCAACAUCACCUUACGUGUGGAACGUAGCAAAAAUUUAUUUUCUUGUAUCUCUGAUGUAUUGGCUUUCCUGUAGAUGAAACGUUCCAUUUCUUUUGAGUUUCUGUGUCGGUGAAAAUCUUUUCUGUUUUCACAAUAGUUCUGUUGUAUUUUUAUACCAUCUUGUUCACUGUGGAGAUGAAAAAAUAAAUUUUACUGUUUCAUUCGUAACGUGGUGUAUCACAAGGGUGGUCCCAAAGUGAGUGGCAUUUAGCCAUAAUAUAGUUACUAUGGGGGAUUGAGCUACAUCUCCAGUAUUACGGUUUACUGUACAGAAUAAGUUGUAUAUUGUAAUAAAAUUACAAAAUUUAUGAUGAUAUUUGUAUAGCACAUUUAUAAGUGUAUGUACACAAUAAUUACACCUUGUAUAUAUUUCUGCAGUGCAGAAAUGACUAUUGGGAAACUAUCAAAGUUAUCUACAUUAUAAUUAUAUUUAGAUAUUAUCAACCGUUAAACAGACUUGGUGCAAAUUUAUGUGCUUUGUUUUUGUUACUUGAUUAACAAGGAAGCAAAUAUUUGUAAAUAAGAGACAUCAACCAGCUCUCAUUAUUGCCUUCAACACUUUCCUGUUCCUGUCAUAUGACAAAAAUUUCUUGCAUUCCUUGGUAGCUCAGGAUAUGUUUCAUGUGAUAGCUUUGAAUAAUUAAUUGGAGGAUUUACUUUUGUGUUCUUGUUGAGCGUUGAUACAAGUGUGAUUCAGUAGGAUGUAUAAUAUGUGCUCAUGCACAGCUGGUACUGGACUUGUGUGAAUGAUAGUUGGAAAUCAUUUGGCUGUUGGCUCUGAUUUGUUGAGUAAAAAUUUGGAAUGUUGCAGUGCACAUAUUAACAGUUGGAAUAUUCCAAAAUAUGUGCUCACUUUUGUUCAGAUUCCAAUAUAAUUUGAAAUUAUGAAACAUGUUAUUUGUAUCAAAAGUUUUAGUAAUCAUCAGCAUCGUUAGCUAUUAUUCAUUUCUGCUAUUCUUAUUAUUGUAAAAAUAACAAUACCUCUUAUUUAUCUGUUUGAUCCAACCUUAUAUGGAAAUCUAAACACUUCAUUUUCAUUACAACAUGUAUGUUUGAUGUUGUGUGUGUUAUAGUGCUUGUAUUACAAAGUGAUACAUGAUUUUGAUAUAUGUAUUUCUUUUCAGGAGAUAUAUUUGUUGGGUAUUUUCAGGAAAUCAAAAGUACAUACAACAGACCGAUUGUAUUUUUAAUAGUGUAUUUGAACACUGAAAGUUGUCAUACAAAAUUAAUUGUUCUCAUGCUCUGUUAUAAAUAUUUUUGAUUUGUCACCAGCUUUGUUAAUUGGUAUAACAUGCCAUUUUUUUAAGAAGCUAGUUUCUUGUGAUAACAUCAAUUAUGUAAUAUCCUUGUAGGUUUUGUAAUAUUUUUGUCCGGUUAAAAAUACAGCUACAUUAUGUAGGUAUUUGUAUGAUAAUUUUGUUCCCUUCUCUUUGUGACGGUUUAUGUAUAUCUUUAUUAAAUAUAUAGAUCAGUUAAACAAA